CAAAGGGUAAAAAUCACGUCGCAAUUCACUUGAUAGUUCUUCGAAUAGUGAAGAAAAAUUCAUAAUUUAUCCUGAAUAGUUACAGAGGGGUCGUGAAAGAUUUUCUAAAUAGAUCGUUUUUCUUGGAGCUACAUUUCUCAGUUAUUUUUUCACUGAAUAGGUGUAAUAUUGUAGAGAAAAUACGAGUUUUUAUUUCGGCGUUUCGUCGCGAAGCAAAAAGUAGAGAUAGUGGGAAGCCAAAAAAUUGACAAUUCGAGUGAAUAUCAAUCAUGGUGGACGUUGCCAGACAGUUGCUGGACGAGCUGAUGGGAAGAAAUCGAAAUCUUGAUCCAUCGGUUAAAAACAAAGAAUUGAAUUGGGAGGAUGAGGAGUUUUGCACAUAUUUCAUGGUAAAAUUCUGUCCCCAUGAUUUGUUUGUCAAUACGAGGGCCGAUUUGGGUCAGUGUGGUAAAUUGCACGACGAAGAGGCGAAGAAGCUGUUUGAAAACGCUAAGCCAUCUCGAAAGAAAACCCAGUACGAAGAGGAUUUUUUGCGGUUUUGCAGUAACAUGAUCAACGAAGUUGAUCGCAAGAUAGUCAAAGGAAAACAAAGAUUGCUCCUGAUGAAUAGUAAGUUGGAAGGUCGGCCAGUUUCCAAGCAACAGGAUCAAAUUAAUACGCUGACCGAAAAGAUAAACAAGCUAGUACGUGAGGCUGAGGAAGCUGGAAUUCGCGGGGAUGUCGAGCAAGCACAGGGCCUCAUGCAAAUGUGCGAUCAGCUGAAGGAGGAAAAAGAUUCUCUGAUAAAACAACACGAAUCAAACGGUUGGUCUGUAACCGCAGAAAUUGCUGCAGCCCAGGAAAAGCAGAUGGAGGUUUGCAAGGUAUGCGGUGCAUUUCUCAUUGUAGGUGAUGCACAGCAGCGAAUUGAUGAUCAUCUUACUGGCAAACAACAUUUAGGUUAUUCCAAACUUCGACAAGCUGUGGAAGAAAUGAUAGAGGCUAGAAAGAAAGGAACAUCCAGAGUUGAUGAAAGGCGACGAGACGAUGAUCGCAGACGGGAGAAAAAACGUGAUGAUCGCAGAUCGAGAGAGCGUGAUGAUCGUUUUAAGCGCGAUGAUAGACGUCGUGACAGAAGGGAUUACAAGGAUCGGGAUCAUGAACGGUAUGAGAAGCGUGAACGCGACCGUGACCGUGAGCAUUAUAAUAAACGCGCUGAACGCCACCGUAGUAGGAGCCGCAGUCAUUGAAGGCGUACCUUCUGAGACCUUUUCAAAAUAUAUAUUGCUAAGCUGUUCGAUUCAUCUUGAGAGUAGAACCUUCUCUUCCCGCUUAUGUUCAUCAAUGAUUGUGAAAGAGGUAUCCCAAGCUACACAAGUAAUACUAGAAUCCAAUAUUAAUAAUUCAGACAUUCUCGAGGUAAGUCGGUUUGUACAAUAUCAAAAUUUUAAUCGAUUUUUCUAUUUAGUUUAUUACCAAAUGUGUCAUGUCAUAACAUAACGAGUUAAGUUACAAAAUUGAAAUCUGCUCCAGUCGAAGCAUUACACUUUAAAAAAAUAUUUUGCGAGAGGUUGCAGUUUUUUACUGGUCACCUUAGUCAUCGGCAGGUCAGUGUUCUCAAGUAAAACAAAAACAACCGCAUAAUUUUGCAGGCAAAUGUUUCAAAUCUGUUUGCAAAGGCAAUAUCGACAUGAUUUUCCCGAUGUAUUGCACACAUUCACGCACUGACGAUGUCGUGAUGGAGAAUAGGACGAUACGCGAAGCAGGUAUACUCUCUAGUAUAGUCCUUGAAUCUGUGUCGACUAAAAAGAGCCCGAAAAUAAAGUAUUUUUCAGUUCUUGUUUUCGCUGAAGAUUUCCGGCUGAUAAAGGCAGUUCGAACUAAGAUAACAUUUGGCAAGGUAUUCACAAUGUCGUAAGCUUUUGCAGUAGACAUUCACUAUUGAACUUAUAGUUUUCGUAUAACCACUGUUGGGGCAAAGUGAGCCGAGUUUCCCCAUAAACUGUUUGGAUGAAUUUUAUUUGAUCGCACGGUCGUAUGUUUUUGGGAUUGCCACAUGAGGAAUGUGUUCAAAAGGUACAUUGACGAAAAAAUUGUUUAAGAUAAUGAGACUUUGUUUAGAAACUUCCACUUGCCAUCGGGUCCACUGACAAGUACGCAAUCAAGGAAGAAUAUCUGCCUUCCUUCAUUCAACGUCCAUGUUUGCACCGUUUUACCACAAGGCGGUACUUGAUACAAACAGGUAUUCUUCAUUUUUGUAAUUUCUAAAUUUAUCGGCGAAUCUGAUGCCUCGAUGAAUCUGUAAAACAUCGGUUCUGGGUUGCCUUUGGGGUUUUUAUCAGGUUGAACACUCUGCAUUAGGAAACAUUCGUUGUGUAUUGGAAGCAUCCCUGGAAGAGAAUAUUGUAAUAGACCAUGUGACACGUAUUCAUCAAAAGUUGAUUGUCAUUAGCGGAGGUAAUUGAAUUGUUGAUCGUACCUUAAAUCCAUUGUUGUGUUCGUUUCAUUCAGGGUCAAAUGGCUGUACCGAGCUAAAACCAUGUUGCUUGUCUUUAAAUUACUGCUGAGUCUGAAACUGAGGUAAAUGAAUCGUUCUCUUUAUAUUAUUCGUUGACACGUCGAAUCGAAUUGCUGCUUAUUGAAAAGUGUAUCCUGUGCCCUCUGCAAGUUUACAGACACUUUCUUGGAGGCGCUGUUUGUUAUAUCGUACGCGUGUAAAAGGUAUUUAGAAUAAAUAAAACAUAACAAAUAUAUAGCUGGUAAGGCUCAACGCGAAUGUGAAUGCAAACUGCCAUACUCGUACUCACCGAAUCACGUUCCAUGUUACGAAAGACAGAGUCAGAAUAAAACAUUUAUUGAAACAUUAUCUUCGACAAAAGGUAUUUAUUAAGCACUAAUAAGAAUCAUUUCAGUUCAUGUAUUAUUUUAAACAAUGUUUAUAUAUCCACGAAUGCAAAAGCAAAUGGAUAGAAAAGUAUUGCAUUUACUCGAUUCGUUCCCUGACUAAAUGCAUGUCUGACUUAUUGUGUUUGGCGGCCGAACACUGUGAAAAAAGACGGCAGAAUUAUGCGAUCAUGUAAAUACUUUUCAAUUCAUUCGUCAAGUUACCAACGCUGGAAUUGGAUCCAUACAAAUUUGACUACCCUUACUGCAUCUCUAUCACGUUUGUUUUGUUUUGCUUUUGCUCUUUCCAGAAUUGCUGUUUCCUUCACCGCAGUGGUUUUAACAUCAAAUUGCGUUACGUUUCGUAGAGUCGUAAAGUAUAUUCACUCACACACGCGUAUAUCAUAUAUCGUAAACAGCACAAGUCCGAUUUAUAGCGAACAGUCUGUUUGCGAUAAUAGUGCAAACUCAGUAAAUCAUAUACGACCAUGGCGCUGUCCACGUAUCAAAAAAAAAAUGACAGACAAAUUGCUCCCGCAGGACACAUUCAACAGGUACCGUGUGUUUAAAUCAUCCCUACUAUUAACUAUAACAUGUUGCAGUGUAUAUCUUAAGCGCAAUAUAUAUAAGACAUUUUAAGAACAAUUGAAGAGCACUCGGUGAAAAUCUAUUGGUAUCCAAUAAGCACAGACAGCAUAGAUAUUUAUACCGAUGUUUGUGGCUCAUAAACAGCAGCUAAACAUAAACCGCCCCAUUGGGUUUCUCGUGAAAAUGUUUUUGUUUUCCUCGUGCGUUAAUUCUAUCAGUUCAAUGCUGUUUUUGAAUUCUCAAUUUCCUACCAAUAAAAAAUGAAUCUUAUGUCACGUGAGUCAAGGAAUAAAUUUUGCAAUCAGUGAUAAACCAUGAAACAAAUGUGUAUAAAAAACAACUUAUAAAAUGAACUUAAUUUUAGAACUACACAUUGGACUCAAUUUGACGUAGUAGUAGCGAACACAAUUAAAUUACAUACUUUUUAGAAAAUAUACUUUCGAGAUAGUUACUGAUGAUUACCGUACUGCAGGAAAAAGCAGUUCAUGGCGGAAUUAUCAGUUCUAUUUGAAUAAAUUCACUAUAUAAUCCAA